AUGGCUGACGCAGGUUUUUAUCGUGGAACAAGUAGUGAACAGGAUAGCCGGUUCACCGACAAGGAGCGCAAAUUACUGAAACAAAUGCGUUUCGAGGAAGCACUUGAUGAAAAGAUCUGCAUGGAUCGAGUGAAUCUGGACGUGCUUAAACCAUGGAUUACUGCGAAGUUGAACGAUAUCCUGGGCUUAGAAGAUGAUGUUGUUAUUGAAUAUGUAUUCAGUCAGUUGGAGGAAAAAUCGUUGAAUCCGAAAGUGAUGCAGAUCAAUUUAACUGGUUUUCUUAACGCCCGACGAGCUCGGGAAUUUAUGGGUGAAUUGUGGAGUAUGUUGAUUGAAGCACAAAGUAGCGAAGAUGGUAUUCCAACAUCAUUAGUGGAAAAGAAGAUGAAAGAAAUACAAGAGAAGGCAAAAAAUAUGAGUGUCUCGUCUUCCAACGGUGCGGCUGCUGAAGUUGCUGGAUCAGAUUGGAAGAAUCGGUACGAUUCUUUGACUGGUGGACGAUACGGCAAUCGAGAGCGCAAAACUAACACUGAAGGUGAACGGGGCAGAAAGGAUGAAGAUCGGCAUAAAAGUCAUCGAGAUCGGGAAAAUGACAAAAGCAGAGAUGAUAGUAUGAUUUUGCUUGGAAUUGAAAGAAAGCGUGGUGAGGAAAAACAAUUCAAGGAUGAAAAGUUGAGAUCACAUAGCCGAUCUCCCACGCGUCGACAUAUUCAUGAUGAACGAAUGGAAAGGAGAAAAGAACGUUAUCGUUCUCCUAACAGAUCUCCGCCGCGCCGAAAAUUUACAGAACGAAAAGAAGAGACUCGAAGACGAAGUCGGAGUAAUGAGCGUCGCAAAAGGAAGCGAUCAGCGUCAAUAGGAUCAGUGGACGAGAAGCAAAAGAAAAAGAAGAAAAAACAUUCAAAAAAGCAUGCCAGUGAUUCGGAUUCUGAGCGAGCAAAAAGAAGGAAGAAGCACAAGAAGGAGAAAAAGCGUAAAAAGCAUAACAGUUCGGAUUCUGACUGA